CCAAAUCAUUCUUCUUUUUUUCGCUUUACUCUUUCUCACACUCAUAUUCAACUCCCUCCCACGUCCAACACCCACCAGCGUCCAAUCCCACAACGAAAAUACUAGUAGCUUUAUCCUGCUAAAGCAUUCACUUCUCCCAACUAUGAAGUCUUCACUUCUUCUCGUAGGACUCUUGUCCUUGGCUGUUGCCUCGCGAGCAGAGCUCACACGCAUCAACCUCAAGAAGGCUGAUCUCACCCCUGCACAACAGAUGCAGGCCUAUGCCGAGGCUGGCUCAUACAUGGCCCAGAAGUACUUUGGAUCGUCGAACCGCAAGAUCAAGAUCGAUCAGGCCACCCAAGUCCUGGGGUUCGAUGCAGAGGGCAAGCCUUCGUAUGGAGUUCCUCUCUCCAACUAUAUGAAUGCACAGUACUACGGCGAUGUCAGCAUCGGUACACCUCCUCAGACCUUCUCCGUAGUGUUCGACACGGGUUCCUCCAACUUCUGGGUUCCCUCUACGCACUGCAACUCCAUUGCCUGUUUCCUUCACCGCCGGUUCGAUUCUGAAAAAUCAUCGACGUUCCGCCCCAACGGCACCGAGUUCGCGAUCCAGUAUGGCAGUGGAUCUCUUGAGGGCAUUAUCAGCAAUGACCAUCUCGAGGUCGGUGGCCUCGUGGUCAAGCGCCAGGACUUUGGAGAGUCUGUCAAGGAGCCUGGCCUCGCGUUUGCAUUUGGCAAGUUUGACGGCAUCUUUGGUUUGGGCUAUGACACUAUCUCGGUCCUGGGCGUUGUGCCGCCAUUCUACAACAUGGUUGAUCGAAAGUUGAUCGAUGAGCCCGUCUUUGGGUUCUACCUUGGCCAUGCCGACGACACCCUGGGUGGCCAGAUGACGCUCGGGGGUGUGGACUCGAACCACUUUAAGGGAGAUCUGCAGUGGCAUAAUGUCCGUCGCAAGGGAUACUGGGAGAUUGAUCUGUCCAAGAUCAGGCUGGGCACGGAGGAAGUCGAGAUGAAUGCCGGCGCGGUCAUUGAUACGGGAAGCUCGCUGAUCGUUCUUCAGACCACGAUGGCGGAUAUGAUUAACAGGGAGAUCGGCGCCAAGAAGAACUAUGCGGGUCAGUAUACGAUCGAUUGUGCCGAGGUGCCGAACCUGCCAGAGUUCUCGUUCUAUUUCGGCAAGACCGAGUACAAGUUGAAGGGAUCAGAUUAUAUCCUCAACGCUGGAGGAUCGUGCAUCAGCGGCUUCAUGGGCAUGGAUUUCCCUGAGUCCCUUGGCGACCUUUGGAUUGUUGGCGACGUGUUCUUGCGAAAGUACUACAGUGUCUACGAUCUCGGCAAGGACCGCGUAGGUUUCGCGCUUUCUAAGUAGAGUGCUAGCUGCUGCUGCUUUCCUGUUUCUUCAUAUCUGUACAUACACUCAGUGAAUUCAUCUAAGCGUUGCAGUCCGCUUCAUUAAUUAAUAAAAGAUUGGGGGCGUUGAAGUGCAAUG